GAUCUCUCAAUUCCCUAGCACCAACGUCAAUUCUCUGCGAGACAAUGGCGAGAGCACACUCCGAGUCCUCUGAGGACUUUGAAUUCAUCGAGACUCCCGCUGCUCCUGCUGCCACCCCUGCCCCUGAGGAUUGUGGAGUUAGGACAACCUCGUAUCCUGCGAUCAAAAAUGCUCCUCUGCCAGCGGACUCCGCAGGCAGCGACAGCUUCUCCAAUGUGCUCCUGAUCAUUCUCCUACUCGGUAUUCCCUACUACCUGGCCCGUCAAGUCUAUGGUGGAUUCUAUACUACAAUCUUCUUCGCCAUCUUCACCUCCAUUCCCAUUUUGGUUGCGUUUUGGACUGUUGCCUCUUCAAUCUCUCCCCGAAAGAAUGAGAAAGCCAAGUACCCUGGCCGCCCCGUCGAGCAUUACUUGCAGUUCCACAGCGAGCAUGACCGUGCCCAGUACCACGGUAAGAGCAAGAUCCCCAUGGCUGUCUUUUACGAGAAGUACUUCAACGGCGAAGUCGACUUCAAGGGUGAUGCUCUUGAUGUGUUGGAGUAUCGACAUGACUGGGCAAACUUCCGUUUCACCUGGUCUUUGUAUAAACAUUUCUUGACUGGCUUCAUUCCUGAGUUGUUGUUCCAUACUCGCUCUCAAGAUGAGGAACAGGUCCGCGACCACUAUGAUCGCGGUGACGAUUUCUAUGCUUGGUUCUUAGGCCCCCGCAUGAUCUACACAUCUGGUAUUAUCAGCGACAUUAACCGAGAGGAAACCCUGGAAGAGCUGCAAGAUAAUAAACUUUCCGUUGUCUGUGAAAAGAUUGGUCUCAAGCCCGGUGACACUGUCCUGGAUCUUGGCUGUGGUUGGGGCACUCUGGCCAAAUUCGCCUCCGUCCACUACGGUGCUCAAGUGACUGGUAUUACUCUCGGCCGUAACCAGACUAAAUGGGGAAAUAAUGGUCUUCGCAAGGCUGGCAUUGAGGAAUCGCAAAGCCGUAUUCUCUGCCUGGAUUACCGUGACGCACCCAGCGUUACCGGUGGCUACAAGAAGAUUACUUGUUUGGAAAUGGCCGAACACGUUGGUGUCCGCCAUUUCAGCAAGUUCCUCUCCCAGGUCUAUGAUAUGCUUGAUGAUGACGGCGUUUUCUUCCUUCAAAUUGCCGGUCUGCGUAAGUCGUGGCAGUACGAGGAUCUCAUCUGGGGUCUUUUCAUGAACAAGUACAUUUUCCCUGGUGCCGACGCCUCCACUCCUCUCGGUUUCGUUGUAGACUCUUUGGAAGGCUCUGGUUUUGAGAUCAAGAGCGUUGAUACAAUUGGCGUCCACUAUUCUGCUACUUUGUGGCGCUGGUACCGUAAUUGGAUUGGUAACCGCGAAAAGGUCGAAGCCAAGUAUGGCAAGAGAUGGUUCAGGAUUUGGGAGUACUUCUUGGCCGCUUCCACCAUCACGUCUCGCCAGGGUGGUGCUACUUGCUGGCAACUUACUCUUGUCAAGAACAUCAAUUCUACUCACCGUGUUGAGGGUAUCAACUCCCAAUAUGGUCUUUCGGGUGCUCGUCAAGCAGCCAUUGAUACUGUCGGUCACGGCAAAGUGCCCAGUGCCCAUGUUCCUACCAAGGAGUAAACCAUAGAGCCGUUCAAUUCACGCGCCAAGUUAUUUUGAAUGCUUAAUCUCUAUUAUAUAAAGCAGACAACUCCUAUCUGUGCAAUUAGGACGACUAUCCUACUCACCCCCGUCCGAACUUUGGGUGUAGGCCCUUAUGCCUAUCUCUAGCCCGAAAAAUUGUUCUUCUUAUUGGGAAAAGCACCCCUAGGUGUAUAUUUCCUACAUGCCUUUUUUUUCUUUCUGUUUCUAAAUAUAGAUAUGUCUGUGAUUAAUUUGUACCAUUUACCUUGUAAUGAGAAGACUGUGACGUGUGACAUGAACUGCUAUUACAAUGUUCGCAAGUGGAGAGGAUGCUUUGAAUGAUUCAAUGUUGUGGAUGUUCAACCAGCUAUCAAUCAAAGACGAAAUAUAGGUAUAAUACCACAAGUAUGUUGCUAAGAAAUAUAAUUGUAUGUAUCAAUCUUUAUAAAACUGCACAUUCUCGAUAACAUUAUGUAGAGUUUUUAG